AUGUCACUCCAGUUCACGGUGAGUGGCCCGAACAUCCGUGUUCUCCUCAGUGUUCUCACCUGCGUCAGUCGCCUCGGUGAGGCCGUGUACGUUGUGGGGCUGAGCGACGGAAUCGAAAUCAGUGCCGUGUCGCCGGGCCGCAAUGGCUACAUGGCGGUGAGGGUGCACGCGCGCUGCUUCGACCGCUUCCUACUGGAGCCCCCAUCCCACAGAAGCACUGUUGAUCAUGGCAGCGGCCUUGUGGCUCCGGAUGCAGCCGCGGGGGGUAAUGCAGACGUCAGCAGCGUGGAUACCCCCAGCCCUUCCUUGUGUCUGCUCACCAAGACGCUCGUCGCGACAGUACUGCGACAGCACAACAACGUGCAAAGCCUUGACUUUCAGUACCGCACCGCAGCGUCCUCCGGCAGUGCGGCGGCAGCAAUGGCGGAGAGCGACGCGGAUAAGGACAGCUCUGACGCUGACCAUGACCUUUGGAAGGGUCGCGCGGACGCGGACGUGGUGCGGUGGCACUGCACCUAUGCGCGCAACCUCACCAAGACGUUUCUCCUCCGCCUAGCAGAGGGAGAGCCGACCAGCGUCUACGCGGACCUGUCGCGCUACCGCUUUGAGGUCUGUGGAGACGCCCGCACAUACGGCAGCCUUCUUGCCUCGCUGCCAUCGAGUGCGAAUCAGUGUGCGUUGACGCUGCCAGAGAGUGGCGGGCUGGAGCUGCGCUCGGUACGGCAGGCGGGGUCAUCAUCGUCAUCCUCUGCGGCGGCAGCAAGCAGUCGUGAGAGCGGCUCAGCUGCGGCACCUUCGGGUAGCACCAGGGCAGCGGACGGCAGCUCCACGGUGGUGACGGCGUUCGAGAGUACCUUCACACUCUUCCGCUUCUUCGAACCCACUGCCUCACCACCGGUGGCAAGCACGGGCGCUGCGGCAACGGAGCUGGAGGUUGGCCCGUCAGAGGUGUCGCCAACGCCGUUCUCCAUUACCCCACAGCAGCAACAACAGCAGCGUCCCCAACGCAACUUUGCGGUGUCUGUCCCGGAUCACCCACCAUGGGCCACCGCUACAGUGAACUUUGUUUCGCUGCCAAGCAAAACGUUUGACGUGAAGCCCUUCAAGAAUGCUGCGUGGCUAGCAGAGCAGCUCGGGGUCCAGCUGCACCUCCUCACGGGCGAGGAAGGUGUGCCACUCAUCAUCGCGAGCAUCACACCAGAGGAGGUGCGGCAAUGGCGCGAGAGCCUAUCCUGCACUGGUAGCGCGGCAGGACGCCCGUUGUUGGUGACGAGCAACUCGCCUCCCACCUCUGCACCAACGUUCAUCUCGUUCAUUCUGUACGUGGCAGCGCUGGACUCGACGCCAAGCGCCGGCAGAGCCUCUGGAUCCGGUGGCGCACCUGUCGGUGUCGCAGACACGAGCAUCGUAACCGCCAUCAGCUCCGCAGCCAGCUCCCCCCGCACCAGCAUGCACCACCGAACGUCGAAGGGCGGCGGUGCCGCUCAAGCUGCCGUGGCCGCGACGCCGACACCAGGGUACGGAGAGGAGGAGAACGGGGAGCACGAUGGCAUGCUGGUGAGCAGCGGCACGCUGUCCCACGUGGAGGCCAGCUUGGCGAGCACCAAUACCGCCGCCAGAGGUGCUGGAAUGGUGGGGCGCCUGUCUCGCGAGAGCAACAGCACCGUCAACUCAGCGUACGUGACCCCGCGACCGACUGCGUCCCCGUCGGAGUUGGUGAUGGUCAUGUCCGGUGGCGACACUCCGAGCACCCGUAGUGCUGAUACCGGCGGUGGUGACGCGGCCCACAAAGCUCUUGGCCUCCCAAGGGGCGUCACAGCGUCGUCGCUGCCGGGGUGCUCCACUGUGACCAUGCCAGGUGCCACAGCGCAUUCUGCGGCGCAGCCGAUCUCGUCCUCGCACACCACCACCUUCACUGCUCUUAACACAAUGUACCCGCUUGACUUUGACGCGUUUGUGCGCACCUACACCUCCAUGAAUGAGGCGGACGGCGACACGGAAGAGGAGGAUGCGCAGGAUGCUGAGUUGCGCGAGUUCCUCGCCAGCUGUGUCGCCUCCAUGUCGUGA